UAUGAGUAAUCAUCCUGCCUCAACAAAACCUCUCUCAAAACCAGCACCAGCACCAUAACAUCCUAUUGCCUAUUCACCACCAAGAACAUAUGCACAACCAAUGCCAUUUGCAAGUCCUUCAUAUCUACCUUUUUAACAAUCUUUUGUUGGUGCCCCUGUUUAAUAUCCAUAACCAGUAGCUGUUCAACCAGUAGCUAUUCAACCAGUAGCUGUUCAACCAGUAGCUGUUUAACCAGUUGCUGUUUAACCAGCCUAAUAAGUCAUAAAAGGAGAAAGCAGAAUUGAGUAAUAAUCUUAUUUAGAUAUAUUUUAGAUAUAUUCCCUAUGAAAAAUCAGUUAUUGAAUAUGAAGAAGUCAGAUAAAAAAUCUAAGUUCCAAGAGAAAAGUAUGUGACAGAAUACUAAGCUGUUGAAUAUUAGACUGAAUAUAUUCCAUAAGUAUUCUAUGAUAAAGUUACAGGUAUAUAAAUAAAUAAUCAUCAUUAGAAUAUGUUCCUGUUGAUAAAUUUUAAGAUAGAGUAGAAUAUUAUCCAGUUGAAAGAUAAGUAGUUCAUCAACCUGUUCAAUAAGUAGUAGCAUAACCAGUUGUUUAAUCUGUUGUUCAAUAAGUUCCUUAAUAUUUUGCUCCAGUAUAACCAGUUGUUUAACCAGUUUUCUAACAACCUUAAAUUUAAUAUGCUCCUUAUGUCCAACCUAAUUUUAUGCCUUCAAGAAUUGCUCCUGUUUCAUAUGCUCCCCAAUCAUCUUAUGGCCCUCCAAUAUCACAACCAAGAAGACAUGUAAAUCUUAAUCUUAUUCUAAUUUAUCAGUCCCCUCCAGCUAAACCACAACCAGCCUAAAAGCCUUAGCCAUAAAAGGAAAAAAAAUCAUUUUUAGACAACAUUUUUAGUUGAUA